AUGUUCGGGCUAACAAGAAAACCGGCGGUGUUCGCCCUCAAGGACGUACAAGCACUCGUCUCCUUCAUCGACACGAACAAAGAGUUUCUGCGAACCACGACGUCGACAGCUGCCAGGAAGGAAUGGAUCACGCGCACCAAAGCGACGGAGGAGAUCACCGCACUACUUGACCACCAAGAUUCGAGGAUAUCAAUCGACGAUAUCGCCGCCCAUAUCAACGUGAGCGCCGAAGAUGCCACAACACGUAUCACCGAACUCGAGCUCGAAAGCGCCUACCAACCCGAGACGGGAUGGAUUAGGAUGGGGAGUGUGGUUUUGCCGAGACAAGAGCUUACCCGCCUUUCCCAAACCCUCUCCCAAUCGCUCUCCACGAACGGUUGGGUCCGGGUUCGUGAGUGGUGUCGGGAACAGCGAAUCAACGCCAUCAUUUUCGAGCAGAUACAAUCACAACUCGAGAGUGGGGAGGAGGGGGGAAACACGUAUGUGGGUCCGCAGAAGGAGUUUUUGGUUGAGAGGAGGUGGUUGGAGGAGGAGGAGGGUCGGCUUACGGAAAGUAUUCAAUUACUCACAAGCCCAACCCCUCUCUCAACCCUCACCACCAACACCACCAACCCCCUAACUCCCCACCUCCUCCCCCCCCUCCUCCGCUCCCCCCGUCUCUCCAACCAAGGAACACUCGAUGGCGGUGUCUGGACCCCUACCUCAUACACGCAACACAAACAACGCGAAGCAGUAGAGAGAUUCAGACGUGACGGGUACAUCUCAAAACACCUCCUUAAAGGAUCGGAGCUGAGGGUGGAAGAGACGGGAGCGAUGGGGUUGGCAACGGUAUGGGUAUCCAGCGCAUAUAUUGCCAACAUCGAAGCCCUCGUCGAGGGUAUCCACUCGUUCUCCUCAAUCACUGAUCUCGUACCUGAACUCGAAUGGGAGGAUGCGCAAGAGCUACUGACUGGUCACGUAUUACCCCGUGUUCCACCGGGAGUCGUGUUUGUCGGUGUCGGAAAGGGAUACGUCGUGCGCCGCGAGUUUUUGGGAAGGGUUGAGGGUGGGUGCACGGCCUUUGCUCUAUCUGAAGCUGCGAAGACGAAACCGAAGCCGUUGGCGAAGAAGAAAAGCGCAGGGGAGGGACAGGGGUUAUCACUCCAGACUUUAAAGAAGCACAGCGCAGGGAUGCCGGAAUUCGCCGACGCCGAGGUUCCGGCGGUGUUGAGGGAGGAGUUGGUUAGGCGUGUAUGGCCGGUUGCUGCGAGGGUGUUUGAGGAGAGGGUUAAGGCUGUAUAUCUCGAUGUUGAAGUCGAAUCUGCGCCUACACCUACCAGUGGAUCGGGACCGAAAGCUGCGAUGGAAAGGUUACGUGCCAGAUGGACGGUAUAUGCGAAUGGACUAAAGGACCUCAAAUCACGAAGCUUGAAGGCGAGUUUGGGGAGGUUUUUGUGUGAGGUGAGUGGAGAGGAGAUGGUCAAGGCGGCUACGGAUGUGGGUGAUAAAAGCGAGCUUAAGUUUGAUGCGGAGGCUGCGAAGAAACUGCUUGAAGAGGGCGAUGUUGCUGGGUUCACUUCCCUCUUCUCUGUGAAGGAGAAUGCGGAAACCGUGGAGGCGGCUAAGACGGAGAUCUUGCAGAACCUCGGUACACAGCUCUCUGCCGCCACAGACCCGGCACUCGUUCUCCACCUCUCCGUUUUGCUCAUACUGGCACGAAACUCCAAGUCAAAUGGAGUCAUCAACGCGAGUGGCAAGUUUGUGCCAAAGUUGAUCAAAGAGAUGGAUAUGGAGAAGGGUGAGGAGAGGGUGUUGUGUGAGGGGUUGAUGAGGGAGGUUUUGGGGAAGGAGGAGAAGGUUGAGGGAAGAGUUGAGAAGGUGCGGCAGGCUGUGUUUCCCACGGUCUGA